CUCUUGCUUUAUAUAUCCCUCUGUCUCUCUCUAGGUGAAAUGUGGAAACGGAUCAGCUUCUUUCCUUUCGGGAGCAACGCUGAGACGCAUGCCAUGGUCACUUACUGAGAAGAGGGACGAAACCUCGAGUUGUGGAUCCACAUUCACAUAGAGACAGAGGUAAGUGAGAAGGGGAGGAACACGGGAGCAGAGAGAGAGAGAGAGAGGGGAACGAGAAGAGAGGAAACGAGAGAGGAAGAGCGGUCUAUGGAUGUGGCUUGGACAGAGGGGACUCUGAAUGCGCACUCUUCACUGACGAGGAACAGCAAGCUGCAGACAUGGAGGCAAAAGGCAGAGGCAUGCCCCAAGUCAUGGUGUGGUGGGAGAAGGGGAUCCAGGUUGUCCUCACCACUUUGGGGGCGUUUGCAGCCUUUUCCCUGAUGGCGGUGGCCAUUGGGACGGACUACUGGCUGUACGCACGGGCCUUCAUCUGCAACAGCACGGCCAACUCCUCCCAGGACGACCCCAACAACAAGGACAAGAAAGACCCCGGUGCCCUCACCCACUCUGGCCUCUGGAGGAUCUGCUGUCUGGAGGGGCUGAAGAGAGGAGUGUGUUCUCAGAUCAAUCAUUUCCCGGACGAUGCAGACUAUGAUCAGGAUGCAGCAGAGUAUCUCCUGCGUGUGGUCCGAGCCUCCAGUAUCUUCCCCAUCCUGAGUGCUAUACUCCUCCUGAUGGGAGCGAUAUGUGUUGCAUCCAGCAGCUUCUACAAGAGCAAGAGGAACAUCAUCCUAGGAGGAGGCAUCCUGUUUGUGGCUGCUGGCCUGAGCAACAUCAUCGGCGUGAUAGUGUACAUCUCUGCGGCGCUAAGCGACAUCUCGCCCAAGAAGGACGAGGACAAGAAGUGGCAUUACUCGUACGGCUGGUCCUUCUACUUCGGAGGCCUCUCAUUCAUCCUGGCUGAGAUGGUGGGCGUCCUGGCCGUCAACAUCUACAUCGAGAAGAACAAGGAGCUGCGCUGCCGCUCACGCACCGAACUCUUCAAGAGCACCACGCACGCCAUGCUCCGCCUGCCCAGCUACCGCUUCCGCCGGCGCUCCCGCUCCAGCUCGCACUCUACCGACCCGCCACGCUCCCCCCGUGACACCUCACCCACAGAUGCCAAGAGUUUUGCAUUACCGCCGUCUGCCCCGCCUUUCUCUGUGGCCACCCUGCCAAACCCGCACCAUGCUGGUGGAGGAGUAGGGGGCGAUAUCUCCAUGUAUACCCUGACCCGGGACUCCAAGAUGGGGAGUCUUGGUGGCGGCGGGCCCCCCCUCUACGGCACGGUCGACCGGGCCUCCCUCUACCAGCUGCACAGCUACUUCCCCAAUGAGGAAGUGGGGGUGAUGAUGAGCGGUACACUGCCUUCUCUCUCCAAGUCCAACCUCUCUGCGGCGGGCCAGAAUGCCGCGGUUGGCGGCACUGCCAUUGCGCCCCUGAAUACCUUGUCAUCCUCCGGUCUUACCCCCCAGCAGCCACCUCUGUCCACUGGCACCAUGGAGAGAGAGAGGGGCAUGGGCACCCUGGACCGCCUCGGGGGCAAACGGAACAGGGACACUGACUCGGACACGCUGAACAGGAGAACCACGCCAGUGUGAGCCUUGGAGAUAGGAGAAAGAGCCAUGGAGGUGCAGGGCCAUCUCAGUCUGUUUUUGACUACUAUGAAUAUAUCUAUUCCACUGACGAGAAUAUCAAAUGUAUUAUUAACAACAGUAUUGAGUAUAUAUUCAUUUUGAAAUGCACAAUAUAUCUAUAGUUGUAAACUUUGAAUUGUCUUAUCAUUCCGAGUGCUUGAUUAUCAUAGCCAGGUUACAAGACUGUAAAGAUGGUAACUUCUUGAAUAUUAUCACAUUGCUGUUGUUUCUCAUAAUCGUAAAUGAAGGGUAAAUUUGUACAUUUUGAACUAUGAUUUUUGUAUUUUAAAGUUUUCAUUGAUUUCUAGCUCCAUCACAAUUAAAUCUGAUGGCGUCAUGCAGGAAGCAUGUGCGCAAAUUAUGAGUGUAAUAUUGUAUUUGUAUUUUAUUUUAAAUAUAUUUUAUUUUAUUAUUAUUAAUAAUAAUAAUAUUGUUACUAUUAUUGUUAUUAUUGUUAUAAUUAUUGUUAUCAUCACAUUUUUAAGGCUAUUGUUUUUGUUUGUUAUUACAGGUAUAACCAACAUAGCCUAAUCUGUGUUUUUUAUUCUUCAUGACAAGUGUAUUAGAUUAUAGGCUUUAUUUUAGUGAUGGUAUGUACUGUAUUCUUAUUGUUCUUCUCUAAAGCAGUGAUUCUCAACUCGUGGGUCGGGACCCAAAUUUGGGUCACGGGAGGUUUUGAAUGGGUUUACCCAUUGUAACUUCUUGAAUAUUAUCACAUUACUGUUGUUUUUAUUCUCGUGUCUGAGUAUAAAAUAAAAUAAUUAAAACAUUUACUUAAACUAAAAACCAGGUAGAAAGUGAUGAAAUCGUUUAAUCUCUGAACUAUUUUUCUUCAAUUAAGAAAUGUAGAGCUAGCAGCACUAAUUAGGUUUGGUUGAUUUUGUGGAGUCAAACAAUCAAGUUUAUUAACAUUCUUCAUCAAGAAUAUGUGUAAAUUUGACACAUUUUCUUUGACGUAUAAUUGCUACAAUUACAAUCAAUAUGGAAUUCAAAAUAGUUUUCCAGAUUGCGUUUUCACAUAUUUUCUUUUGCAAUGCAAAUACUGGGUCACUACUGAGACAACCUGGUUUAAUUUGGGUUCCGAGGAAAAACCAGUUGAGAACUACUGCUUUAAAGAUCCUACCUUGGGGUUAGGGGGCUGAGAGCCUGUGAUCCUGUGAUCAUAAUAAAUUAUAUUUCUACUCUAAUACACAUUCAUCAAACUAAGGACAUUUGUGAUGGGUAAGCAAUACAACAUUCUGAGCCUCAAAAAUAAAUACAAAAUAAAACAAAUAUAUUCAAUAAAGUUAUAUAUGAAAA